AUGGGCAGCGACAUCAACGACUUCUCCUGCAAAAGCAGCUCCAACCCCGUGGUGCUGCUGCACGGGCUAGGCGCAACCUUUUAUGAGGAUCUCAACUAUCUACAAUCCUGGCUCCAAACGCAAGGAUAUUGCACCUAUUCGCUGACAUACGGUGCAUACGGCGGCUUCCCCUUCGUCGGCGGACUCAAACCCAUCAAAGACUCCGCGCCUCAGAUUGCCGCAUACAUCAAAGAGGUCGUCCGGAAAACCGGCCGCGCCCAAGUCGACCUCGUCGGCCACUCCGAGGGCGCUUUCCAGACCCUCUACGUGCCCAAGUUCGAGGGCGUCACCCAUCUCGUGGAUAAGAUUGUUGCGAUUGCGCCGCCCACCCACGCCACUAAUUUCGCUGGCUUGUAUAAACUGGCGUAUCUGCUUGGGAAUGGCUCCCGUGAGGCUGUUGACGAUGUUCUCCAUGCCGUUGGCUGUGCUGCUUGCGAUGAUCUCGGCACGGGCGGUGCUGCUGUUAGGCGCUUGAAUGAUGGCAAGCCGAUUGUGCAGCCCGGGAAUUCCCUUACCGUUAUUGCCUCGAAGCAUGAUGAGUUGGUUACGCCGCCCGAGACUUCUUUUGUGCAUGAGCACGGGGUAAACAAUCUCUGGGUUCAGGAUACUUGCAAGUUCGAUCCCGUCGGCCAUAUUGGCGAGGCGUAUGAUUUGAAUGUGUGGAAUUUGGUCAAGAAUGUGCUUGAUGAGAAACCCGGGCGCGAGUUUGUGUGUGUGGCAGGGUCUCCGGGUCGAUAA